GCCACGGCGGCCGCUGCUGCUGCUGCUGCUGCCGCCGCCGCCGCCGCCGCUGCCUGGAUAUAGUGCGGCAAGGAGCGGAGCUUGCAGUCACUUUGCGAGGAGGAGCGCGCGGGCUGCGGGCGGCUGGGGCACCCCGGGAGUGGCGCCGGCUCUACCUGAGGCGGCCGUGGAAGCGGAAGGUUCUCUCUCCAGGGCUGGACUUAAUAACUUUGGAAGUGUCCACCAGUGUCACGUCCUGAACAUGAGCCUCCUCCUCUCCUUCUACCUGCUCGGGUUGCUUGUCAGUAGCGGGCAAGCUCUUCUUCAAGUGACAAUUUCACUUAGCAAAGUAGAGCUCAGUGUGGGUGAAUCUAAAUUCUUCACAUGUACAGCAAUUGGUGAACCUGAGAGUAUAGAUUGGUAUAAUCCUCAAGGAGAGAAGAUAAUUUCAACACAGAGGGUCGUGGUGCAAAAAGAAGGUGUUAGGUCACGAUUAACCAUCUACAAUGCAAAUAUAGAAGAUGCAGGGAUAUAUCGUUGUCAAGCAACGGACGCCAAAGGACAGACACAAGAAGCUACAGUCGUUUUGGAAAUUUACCAAAAACUCACUUUCAGAGAAGUGGUAUCGCCUCAAGAAUUCAAACAAGGAGAGGAUGCAGAAGUGGUUUGCCGAGUUAGCAGUUCGCCUGCACCUGUUGUCAGCUGGUUGUAUCAUAAUGAGGAAGUCACCGCUAUUUCCGACAAUCGGUUUGCUAUGUUAGCCAACAAUAACCUGCAGAUUCUCAACAUCAAUAAAAGCGAUGAAGGUAUAUACAGGUGUGAAGGAAGAGUGGAGGCGAGGGGAGAAAUUGAUUUCCGUGAUAUCAUCGUUAUUGUUAAUGUGCCGCCAGCCAUCACAAUGCCGCAGAAAUCCUUUAAUGCCACCGCUGAGAGAGGAGAAGAGAUGACACUGUUCUGCAGGGCCUCCGGCUCUCCUGAGCCCACCAUCUCCUGGUACAGGAAUGGCAAGUUCAUUGAAGAAAAUGAAAAGUACAUAUUGAAAGGAAGCAAUACAGAACUCACCGUGAGGAACAUUAUCAAUAGUGAUGCGGGUCCUUAUGUCUGCAAGGCCACAAAUAAGGCAGGAGAAGAUGAAAAGCAGGCAUUCCUCCAAGUCUUCGUACAGCCUCACAUAAUACAGCUUAAAAAUGAAACUACGUAUGAGAAUGGUCAAGUCACACUCAUCUGUGAAGCAGAAGGGGAGCCUGUUCCAGAAAUCACUUGGAAAAGAGCCGUGGAUGGCAUCACAUUUUCCGAAGGCGAUAAGAGCCCAGACGGCCGCAUCGAAGUCAAAGGGCAGCAUGGACGCUCAUCCCUGCGUAUCACGGAUGUGAAGUUGUCAGACUCAGGGAGAUACGACUGUGAAGCUGCAAGUAGAAUCGGAGGGCACCAAAAGAGCAUGUACCUUGAUAUUGAAUAUGCUCCCAAGUUCAUAUCAAACCAAACAAUUUAUUACUCUUGGGAAGGAAAUCCAAUCAAUAUAAGCUGUGAUGUGAAAUCGAAUCCACCAGCAUCAGUCCAUUGGAGAAGAGAGAAAUUAGUGUUACCAGCUAAAAACACCACAAAUUUAAAGACAUAUAGUGCAGGAAGAAAGAUGAUAUUAGAGAUUGCACCUACAUCUGACAAUGACUUUGGACGAUAUAAUUGCACAGCCACUAACCGCAUAGGGACAAGAUUUCAAGAAUAUAUACUGGCUUUGGCUGAUGUGCCAUCCAGCCCCUAUGGAGUGAAGAUUAUAGAACUGUCACAGACCACAGCCAAGAUAUCUUUCAACAAGCCGGAUUCCCAUGGAGGUGUGCCUAUCCAUCACUAUCAAGUGGAUGUCAAAGAAGUGGCGUCAGAGACCUGGAAAAUCAUCCGCUCCCAUGGAGUUCAAACAAUGGUUGUUCUGAGCAACCUGGAACCAAAUACAACUUACGAAAUCAGGGUUGCAGCUGUGAAUGGAAAAGGACAAGGAGAUUACAGUAAAAUAGAAAUCUUCCAAACAUUACCAGUCCGUGAACCGAGUCCUCCAUCCAUACAUGGGCAGCCAAGCAGUGGGAAGAGCUUUAAAAUCAGUAUCACCAAACAGGACGAUGGAGGGGCCCCUAUUUUGGAGUACAUCGUGAAAUACAGAAGUAAAGAUAAAGAAGACCAAUGGCUAGAGAAAAAAGUGCAAGGAAAUAAAGACCACAUUAUUUUGGAGCAUCUACAGUGGACCAUGGGGUAUGAAGUUCAAAUUACAGCUGCCAACAGAUUGGGCUAUUCAGAACCAACAGUCUAUGAAUUCAGCAUGCCACCAAAGCCCAACAUUAUUAAAGAUAAAUGCUGUGAAGCGAAUAAAGGCGAAAAUGGAAGCCAGUCAUGGCAGCUGAAUGCUGCUGGGUUUUCUUUCAUUAUAGCCAUAAGUUUGUCUUGCAUGUUUUAAUGUUGUUGUUGUAUCAUAACAUAUUUCUUUUUAUGCCCUGCACAUUUAUAAGGCUAAUCUGAAAUUAUAAUAAAAUAUUUUCUGAGGUCCAACUAAUCAUGCAUGUACCGAUAAACAAUUAGCCUAUUUUCCCUUUUCCCAUAUUGUCAACCUAUAAAGUAGAUACUUUUUCAGAAAACCACUGAAAGGAAUUAAAUUAGUAUCAUUUCUUCUUAGGUACCAGUUCACUGCAUAACCUGCUUCAUUCUAAGGUUUCCUUUAAUUUCUAAAUUUGACCUUGUUAUCAUGUUGCUUUACGUGGAACUUAAGCAUUUAGUAAAUCUAAUCUUUUUUCAUUUGUUUAUUUUGCAAAUAUAACUCAAUAUCCAUGGCCAUACUUUGUAUAACUAGCAAUUUUACUAUGUACAAUUGUGGAUCUUUCAUAUUGUUACACUUUUAAAAGUAAGUUUCUACUUAAAUAAUUUUAUAAUAUUUCAUGGUAUUUACCAUUUAUAUAAAACAUAGACCUGAUCAUUUCUAUUACAUUACAUGUGUAUCCUUAUUGUGUUGCCUCUUUUCCUUUUAUUGGUCUUAAAUUUCAUAAGGAAUAGAAGUGAAACAGUUUCUUCUUUUAAAUUUGAACAUAAAUGAAAAAAAUCCAGACUUUUUUUUCAUUAAGUAAAAUAUCGCUAUGUAAUUGUCCCACAGUAAAUGAUUAAAUUUGAAUAUAUUUUUAAAAGUUGCACCCUGUUCAAUGAACUUGUAUUGUGUUUUGAGCUGGCAUGAAGUAUUCAUGUUCUAAUAAUAUACAUAUUUAUUAUAUUUUCUUGGCCACCUAAGAGUUGUUAUUUUGCAAGGAUCAGAAAGAGAAGUAAUUAUUUUAGGAAAGCUUUUAUAGGAAUCUGGGUUUGAGGGAGUAGCAUGACAUGAUUUUCACUUUUUCAUUUUCAUUCAUUAUAAAAUAAGAAAAGGGUAUUUUGUGUUUUUCACUCCCAACUACACCCUAGCAAGUGAUUCUCAUGACUAUUCAGGACAAUUAGGAAUCAAUCAGAUUUAUAUAUAGUCACAAGAAUGACCAUAACUUAUAUAGUAAAUCAAAUUACUGGGUUUGGAUUUUGAGGUUCAUUCAUCAAAAACUAUUUUGUUGCAUGAAAGCAUUCUCUGUUUCUCUUUAAAGAAUACCUACAGAUCCUAUCAUGUACGGUUUGAAGCUAGAUGAGCUUGUCUUUAAUAGUCUGUUUUCUUUAAUUUAUCUUUUCUCAAUUAUUUGCUGUUCACUGCUGCCCUUCUUUGUUCUGACGCAGCAGCAGAGCUGUAGAAUGUACAAGUGACCCAUCCACAGAUUAAACACACUUUUACUUCUCUCAUGUUGAGACAAAGGGAUUUCCCAAUUCAUGCAUUAUGGGAAUCUAACCUAUUUAUCAGCAAUAUUCUGUUUUUAAAACCACCAUAGUCAAUGGUCUUUUAUUAAAUAAUUAGUUAUAAAUCAUAUUAUAGUCCACAAUGCCUGAGUUUGAAUAAGAUAUGUAGAUAUGUUGAAUAUUAAUCUGUAGAAAGUGCUUGGGGACAUAAAGGAGUUCUAAUAACAUUUCCAGGAACAAUCUUUUUCAUUCAUUAUAACUUGACUGGAUCUUUCCUAUAAGUUAUAAAUAUUCCACAAGAAAAUCGUGUAGAAAUGAUCUUGACUUAGUAUAUGAUUACAAAAUACUUUUGUGAAGAACAUGGAAUAUGUCUUUAUAAGAUAACAGAGUUGAUUUUUUUUGACAUUUUAUAUUCUAUAACUCAAAGUCACCAACAGUGAUAUGAAGAACACUCAAAGCUAGGUAUGCAUGACACCUAGACUGACAUUUUGACAGUUCAGAAAAGAAAGUUAAAAUUUUAUCUCAGUAGAAUUAUUUCCAUUGUAAUGCGUUGUUCAUUUAACAUCUCAGUAUGGAUCAAGUGUUAAUCCUGAAAUCAAUAAGCCAUCAUUUGGCCAAAUUUUAUUCUUAGAUGGAUACUGAUUUUACAGCUCUAGGUUAUGCAAAUAUUCUUUAAAAAUAUUCUCAGACAUCUUAAAAUAUAGGUUCUGUGCUUUGCCUUACUUCUAUAAAAAAUUGAAAACCACAGAACUGUAAACAAGGCAGCGAUCGCGUUUCAAGAAAUGAGACCUUAGAACUUGUAAAGUAUCUUCUUUGAUUAUAAAAAAAAUCUUAAUAAUAUGUGUUACUGAGUUAUCUUUUUCAUACCUGAACUUUAUUUUUGUCAUAUGCAUCCAUAAAAUCUGACAGUUUUUGUCAAAUUAACAUAUGUCUACAGGUCUACAUAAAUGUGAUUGUUGGUAAGCAAGACAUAAAAUUCAACUUACUUUAAGUCUCUCUGUAGUAUCAUCCAAUGAUUUUUUUUCAUCCAAUUGAUUUUUAAAUAAAAUUUUGCAUUGGAAAUGUAUAAAUAUGAACUUGUAUGUAAGGUGAGUUAUGUGUUAAUCACUAUAUAUAAUCAGAAAUAUGUGCAUUUGUCUAUUAUGUGUAUAUCAUAUCUUUAAUUGUUAAACCAUUUCAAAAGUUUGUUUUAUUAUUAUACCUGUUACAAAGCUAGGUUGAUGUCUUAUGAGUGAUUACCAUUAUCUGUAUGUGGAGUAUCAGGAUAAAUUUUUUAUGUAAACCUGAAUAUUUUCUUUUAAUCUUUCCAACUCUUUCCAUGUGUGUCUUUUCUCCAUUUAUUAUUCAAUCUCACUGGUCUCUCUACCCUUAUCCAAACUCAAUAAUUACUUUACAAAUAAUUAUGAGGCCCACCAGUACCAUGUUUCAGAUAUGCUAACAGUAUAUACCUAGGAGGUAGCAGUAAAUUCUUCUUUCCUAUGCAAAUUUUCUUACAUGGGAAAAUUUUAAGGAAAUUGCUAUUUUUUAUCCUCUCCUAAUACUGUUGUUCACUGACAAUAAGUGUAUUGUAUGAAAUCUACAUUCAUAUUCUCUCCAAAACCAUUAUGCAAUUGCACAUACCGGGGGUGCCAAAAAAAUUUAUAGAAGUGGACACUUUAGUCAAUGUUGCUCAAGCAGUAGUUUGUCAUAAUCAGAAGUGUCUGGAUGCUGAUGGUAACCACUC